AUGGUGGAGACCUCAAUCCCGAAAGGCAUCACCAGUACACUGAUUGUUUUGAUUCCAAAGAAGCCAAACCCAUCUAUGUUUGCAGAUUUCCGACCCAUUAGCUUAUGCACAUUCGUUAAUAAAAUUUUCACGAAGGUAUUAGCUAACAGACUGCGGGCUAUUCUCCCUGGCAUUAUAUCUCAGGAGCAAUCUGCCUUUUGCCCAGGCCGGGAUAUAGCCGAAAACGUCCUCUUGGCUCAGGAAAUGGUGGCGUCCAUCAAUAGAAAGGGGCUAAAUGCGCGGGUUGUGGAUGGCAGUGUAGCCCAUUAUGCAAUGCCAAGAGGUUGUGUUCGCGUCACACAUUUGGCGUUUGCGGAUGAUAUUGUGAUCUUUGCUCGGGGGGAUAGGAGAUCAGUGGGCAACCUGAUCCGGUUCUUAAUGCUCUAUCAAACUGGAGCGGGGCAAAGGAUUAACAAGCAAAAAAGUUUCUUUCUAAUGUCACGAUGGUGUGGUGCUGGUCAAAUUCGCCAAAUCCAACACCUGACCGGUUUCAGACAUGGCUCCUUUCCUUUCCCUUAUCUGGGGUGCAACUUCUAUGCUGGUCAUCGAAAGAAGGAGUUCUUCCAUUUUCUGAUUGAGAAAUUCGUUGCAAAGCUGGCGGGUUGGCAGAAGAAGCUUCUCUCCCAGGGGGGACGCUUGAUUCUCAUCAAGCAUGUCUUGUCUGCUAUAUCCUUACACGUGCUAGCGGUCAUGGAUCCUCCCAAACAGGUACUCAAAAGCCUUGAACGCGUAAUGGCGAAGUUUCUCUGGGGUCAAUCAGAUUUCGGUUCGAAACAUCAUUGGUGCUCCUGGAAAAACUUGUGCUACCCCAUAUUUGAGGAUGGGCUAGGGAUACGGGGCUUUGAGGACAUGCAGGGGGCUUUUAGUUGUAAAUUAUGGUGGUGA